GCCGAAACCCGCAAGACUGAGCGUGUCCAGCAAUACGCUAAGCGAUGGGACAAGGAUUCCAGCAAGGACACCGACGCGCACAAGCAGUCUCGUCUGGAUGAGUACACCGAGGUCGUCAAUGGCUACUACGAUGGUGCUACCGAGCUGUACGAGUUCGGCUGGGCCGAGUCUUUCCACUUCUCCCGGUUCUUCAAGGGAGAAGGUCUCCUCCAGUCUCUCGCCCGCCACGAGCACUACCUCGCACACCAGCUCGGCCUCCAAGCCAACAUGCGCGUCCUCGACGUCGGGUGCGGUGUCGGCGGUCCCGCACGCGAAAUUUGCCGGUUCACCGAUGCCAACAUUACCGGUCUGAACAAUAACGAUUUCCAGAUUCAGAGGGCGAACCAAAAGACCAAGAAGGCCGGCUUGGCGGAGAAGGUCAACUUUGCAAAGGGGGACUUUAUGAAGAUCCAGGAGCAGUUUGGCGAGGGGUCGUUUGACGCUGUCUACGCCAUCGAGGCGACGGUUCACGCACCUACGUUCGAGGGUAUUUACGGCGAGAUCUACAGGGUGUUGAAGCCAGGAGGAAAGUUCGCCGUUUACGAAUGGUGCAUGACCGACGCCUGGGACCCAUCCAUCCCCGAGCACAAGAAGAUUGCGCACGGUAUCGAGGUGGGAGAUGGUAUCGCCGAGAUGCGCAACAUCCACGCCGCCCGGAAAGCCCUGAAGUCCGUUGGAUUCGAGAUUCUGCACGAGGAGGAUCUUGCCGACCGCCCGGACCCGGUUCCUUGGUACUACCCCCUUGAGGGCGACCUGCGGAAGGCCCAGACCUGGUGGGACUUGGUUACUUGCUUCCGGACGUCAAAGGUCGGAAUUAAGAUCACCCAGAACUCGGUUUGGGCCAUGGAGAAGGUCGGACUUGUGCCCAAGGGAACAUAUGAUGUCGGAGAGACUCUGGUUGUUGCCGCUCAAAACUUGGUCGCUGGUGGUCGCUCCAAGCUGUUUACGUGA